CAAAAGCAACAGAGCGCGAUCAUCAUCACCAGCUUGAAAACGCGCGCGCACUCAUGCACGCGCGCACAAGGAGGAUGCAGCCUCCCUGCGAACAACAGAUGCGGAGCUGAACCGGCAGAACCGGCGCGGUUCGAGCGAACACCGGCGCACAGCAGGAGCGCAGCCGCCGCACAUCCACCCGGGCAGGGACCGUCCAGCUGGCCGGGCCGGACCGAACCUCCUCUCCGAACGGCGUGAUUGUGAGCGGGGAGGAUGAAGAAAAGCAACCAGAGCAGGCGGGGCGUUCAGGAUUCCGGUUCGCUGACGGUUUACCAGCUGGAGAAGGUGGGCUGGAUCCGGAAGUUCUGCGGGCGAGGGAUUUUCAGAGAGCUGUGGAAGAGCCGCUAUGUGAUGCUGAGAGGAGACCACCUCUACAUCUCCGACAAGGAGGUGAAAGAUGAGCGUAAAGCGCAGGAAGUGUUCGAUCUGGCGGAUUACGAGCGCUCAGAGGAGCUGAGGAAGGCGAAGAGUCGCAGCAAGAAGAACCACAGCCGAUUCACCGUGCUGCGCUGCCGGCAUCCGGGAAAUACGCUGCAGGUUCCUAACCUGGUUUUUCUGGCGGUGAGUCCUGAAGAAAAGGAGUCGUGGGUCAACGCCCUCAACAUGGCCAUCACCAAAGCCAAGAAUCGAGUUUUUGACGAGGUGACCAUCGAGGAGGAUAGCACGCUGGCUCAUCCCACCAGAGACCGAGCAAAAAUUCCUCAGGGCCGCCGCCUGCCGACCCGAGGUCACCUGCUGGCCGUGGCGUCCACCUCCUCUCACGGCAUGCUGACGCUCGACCUGGUCGCAGAGGAGGACGGCUUUUCUCCGGACUACGAGGACGACCUGCACGACUCCUGGGAGGACAGCUUCCGGGUCGACCUUCAGAAGGGGGUCGGAGGUCGUCAGAGAGCCGGCACAGAUGUUUCAAAGCUGCGGGUGACGUCCAAAGAGCCCAAGCUGAAAACCAGCAGUCUACCCAGGGGGAGUGAGCGGUCCUGGGGAAAGCAGCUGCAUUUGGACGCCUCCAAGGUCCACAAGAACCAGCAGGUGGUCCUCCAGGGUCAGUCCCGCACGCCACAGCCAGGGAAGAGGUUCAACAUGCAGGGUCGGAGUCGCUGUGCCUCCAUGGAUGAAGUCCACUCCUCCAGGCCAGCGCUGAUCCGCUCCGAGUUCCGCUCCGCUCUUCGCCGCUGCACCACGGAGGAGGAGGCGGGGGACGGGGCGUCGGCCCAGCCGGUGGGGCAGCUGCAGAGCCUCAUCGCUCAGAAGAUGCAGAGAGCUCAGGAGCUGCUGGAAGAAAUGAGGCUGCAGGAGCUGCAGAAGGCCAAAGCAGAGAGGGAGAAGGGGGGGAGCGCGGCGCACCUCAAAGGCAUCGAGUCCCCUCGGCUCCAUCACCUCAGAGGCUCUGACUCUCCUCACUCCAGCAGGUCGUCUGGAUCCCCCAGGAGCAGAAGUAGUGACUCUCCUCGCCUGCGGAGCAAAGACUCCCCCCGGAUGAGAGGGAGGGAGUCUCCUCGAUCCAAAGCCAAGCGGAAUCGUUCAAAAGGCACCGACACCCCUCGCUCUAAAGGGUCACAGUCGCCUGCAGCUAAAGCCGCCGCCGCCGCCGCCGCCACCGACUCCCCUCGCCUGAAGGAUUCUCCUCGUCUGACUGACUCUCCUCGAUCCAAAAGUUCAGACGGAGUCCGCUCAGCUAAACUCAAGGGAUCGUCCAGCGCCUCCUUCAGCAAGCCCGACGACUCUCCCACUCAGAAGAGCCACGAACCUCCUCCGGGCCUCACUGGAGCCGACUCCUCUCAGGUUGAAGGAUCUGAUUCACCACAGGGCAGCAAAACGGCUUCUCCUCAUGUUGGGAGAAGUGAGGAGUCUCCUCCUCAGGGCCAGAUGUCUGCGAGUGUGUCCGGAUCCUUCGAUUGUUCUGACAAACGUCCGAUGCCUCACUCCUCGACUCCGGUGCAGCUGUCAAAGGAGGACCUGGAGGUGGAGAGGAGCCGGGCGGAGGCCGAGCGUCUCCUGGAGGAGGCCGUGUCUUCGUGGAAGGAAGCCCAGGAGGUUCUGCAGGAGGUGAUGGAGCUGCAGAGUCAGACUCUGCGGCGGCAGCGCAGGAGGACCUACGAGAAGAUGACGACCGCCACCGCAGCAGAGGAGGACGACACGCCGGCCUCGCCAACAUCACCGGAGGACGAAGACGGGUCAGAAACGCCCUGAAGUCCUUCCACUUCUUCAACAGAGGCCAGGUUUCCCAGCAUGCUAAAAAAACGGAGGCGGGAUUUGAUUAAUUUGGGAUUUCUAAUUCUAUUUCUGCAAUGAUUUUUAUCUUUUAAUCCAGGGAGGACACACGUGCCCGCCUCAGCAAGUGUGGAUUAAUUUAAAACCAGUGAUACAGUUCUUCCUAGGAGGUUUAGCGACUUUAAUCCUCCAGAGUGCACUAACCCAGCAGAAGCCCUCUCACUCCUGCUGCCCGCUCUUUCAAAACGAGUCACGUUUAACCGCGACGGACACUUUUGGUGAGGAACCAAAAAGCUGCUGCACUACUUUGUCCCCGUUUUGCUGUGAGCAAAACCAAAAGCCCCCUGAUUUUAAAGACAGUGUUGUUUUUUCUAAAGAAACACAUUUUUCCCCCCAAGUGAACAUUUUUUACAACCUUUUGGAAUAUAAAAAAAAAGUCUUUCCUGUCUUUUCUGCGCACAGCUACACGUUUCAAAUGAUCUCUUUUCAAUAAUUUGAAUUUUGAUUGAUUCCUUCGCUGGCUUUGAAGUCUUCCUUUUCUUUUUUUGGGGCCCCGCUUUAGCUGUUUGUCCAGAAAUCCUGAAAAAUCAGGGAGAACAUGAGAAAAAGCAAUAAUGAACACAGGGAAAAUUUGUACUUUUUGGUCAGAGCACAGCGCCUCCCAUUUCUAAACGAUAUGCACUGAACUCCUUUGCAUUUUACUGUGUGGAAAAACAUUUGUAAAUGUGUUGUAGCACAGCAGAAAAAAAAGCACAGAUGCUGGAUAUUUGAAUCAUUUUGUUUUUGAAAGGUAAAUAUUUUGCUGCAGGAAGACGAAUAAGGACAGAAACAGAAAUGCAUUCAUCACGCAUGACUGCUUUGCUGUCAGAGAAUUAGCAAUUUUUUUUUCUUUAAAGUGAAGCAGGUGGAGGCGUUUUUUUUUUUUUAAAUCAAGUUAGCACCCUGCAGAUGGGCUGCGAUCAAAUUCCGCUUGCAUGAGUAAAUUUAUAUGUCAUCAGAGGUCUGGAAAAACAAUAGAAAUGCUGUAAAAAAUACACAACUUGAAGAAGCGGUGUGUUAUCUCCUCAUCCAUAUUUCUCCGAAGGAGUCUGUCUGCAGAAAUCUCAUCCUGUUCUUUCUUUUAUUUACACAAAAAUUUAACAUUUUUAAAUACAGUUAAGCAAAUACAGUGACAUCUAGUGGCUCAAAUUGCAAAUUACAGCAAACUGUAAAAACACACCAGUCCGUUAUUUCAAAAUAAAUAGUUGGUUUUACUUUGCGGAUGCAUGCAAUGAGCCAAUAUCCAGGAUAUUAUCGUAUUUUACUGCAUCUUUGGAUAAAUGUAGCCUUAAAUUUUACCAACUGGAUUUAUAUUUACAUAAAAAUAAACUGACUCGUUUCUAAACUUUUUUUUUUUUUGCCUUAAAUGUGAUUCAAUACGACCACAUAUGCAUAACUAUCAGGUAUUUUGAUCAUUAGUUGGUUUCAGUAACACAACCUCAAACCUGAAAGGUUUACAUAACGACAGUUAGGGGUUCGUGUGAUCCAUCAGAUGUGUACUUGAAUAGUUGAAUGACAAAUUGUAUGCAUGAACAGGUUUAUUUUCUCAGAUGUCAAUGAUGAUCUCUUAUGCUGCAUUAAAGAAAAAUCAGGUAAAAAGGUUAUUUUUAAAUUUGACUUGUUCAUAAAUGUGAGUGAAAACAUCCAUUUAGGCCACAGGAAAAAAAGUUUUUGAUGCAAACAAAGGACUAAUAGAAACUUGAAAUAAUAAUAUAAAAAUUGAAUUGAAACACUACAAAAAUAAAAGCUCGAAACAUGGGUGUAAUUAAUUAAUUUAACUAAUUGACAGAAACAUCUGAUAACUUAAAACUGGUGUGCUCAAAGGAUUGUGGGUAGAGAAGCUAAGCAUUAACUGAACACAAAAAAGCCUCAUUUAAAAUCCAAAUUCAAAAUCCAAACCCAACAGUUUGACUUAUAGGUUCUUAUGCACAGAUGACAUCAUCACUAACACUGGAUUUCUGAACAAUUUAUGCUAAUCAGCCCAUGAAAUCCCUCAGUGACAUUAAACCACACAUUUCAGUACAGAUGUAGCUCGUUUUGAACCUUACCGUCAUGCUAACAAGUGCAUUUAAGGUCAAAGUCAGGGUUAAAGAUUUUUAGAAACUGUGGGGAGAUAUACUGCCUCAAUAUUAUAAAAACUGUAGCAGCAGGAUGUUGUUGAUGCCGUUUUUAGCCACAAAAAAAAGAUCGUUCUAUAGAACAUAGUUUCUGCAGAGCGGCAGGGGUUCAUUCGAAAUAUGCCUUUUACUACCCCACCACCCCUCUUUACCACCCUAUUUUGCAGAGAUGUGAGCUUUUGGCCCGCCCAGCGUAUUUUCUAGCUCUUUUUUCCACCAGCUCCUGAUUCACAUUGAUUUGAAUAAAGAAAAACACUCAGAAAUGCAGUUUUAAGCUUAAUUUUUUCCCUCCGUCGUGAGAAAAAUGCCACAUUUACAUGUUAAGAACACAAUUUUCAUCGGAGUGGGGCUUUAACUGACAAAGGUAUUAAGAUACACAAAGAGUAAGAUCUGUCAUUUCUGUUUCUAGACAAAUUUUAUAAGUCAAAUUGGUCGCCAUGUUGGAGCCAAACGUUUUGGACGUGACUACUUUUAUUGAGGCCUCUGAUUGGUCAGUUUAUAACUUGUAUGACUUGAACUACAGAAAAAAACAAGGUUUAUCGAGAAAAUGUUAAAAACAGAAGUAUUAGAUCAAGAACGGUUAUUCUGACCAAUAGAAUGACUUUUAUUUCUCUGUAGAAGGCUAUGGAAUUUCAGCCUCAGGGAACCAGCGGGUACUUCCUGUUUGGAACACCAGCCCAGCUUUAAGAUAGUCAAUAAGCCGACGGUCAGUUUCAAAAGGCGGGAAGGGUGGAUAAGGUGUAAAAGAGUAAUUUUACACUUUCUUCUUUUCUACUGACUGAUCUAUUUAAAAAAUGUAGAAUUUCACAGAUGUGGGGUGACCUUAUGAAUCCAUAUGCACUCAAAUGCUAAUAAAUUCAAAUAAAAAAAACAUUUCAACUCUUCGACAAUAGCAAACCCCUUAUUUUGUACAUUUAAUUGGUCAUGUUGAGUUUUCUGAUGAAAAAGAUUUAUAUUUAGGCUCAACUUCCACACAUUCUGUCAUUUUUUUGUACAGAAGAAGCUUCUUUUGGAGGUUCUGCUAGAGUCACUUCCUGUGUAAUAAUCAACUCUGCCUAAAGUUUUUUGUUGGUUUUUGUAGAUUAUUUUGUGUCCAGAUGUUUGACUGCUCUCUUUCUGCACUUUUUUUGUGUCAUCAGUACUGAGCGCAUGCUUUCAACGACACGGAAAGAGCUCAAUCACUCAGAAUCUUUGUGGCGUUUCAAUGAGGAAUCGUUUAUUUGACUUUAAUGUUUGUGUCCGAACAACUGCUGCAAACUGCAAAUCCAAUGCUGUAAUCACUGUUAAUAGAUGCUGAAAAAAAAAGGACUUUCUUUGUUUUCUGACGUGACUGUAGAUCUUGAUGUUUCUGAAUGCUGCUUUUUGAAUUACUGUGUACAAGAAUGCAUUGUGGGUCAUUUGCACCAAAUCAAUAAACACUGUGGAUUUUCUGUGUGGAGCA